CUUCUCUUUACUACGAGGUCUUUGGUUUUGCUAUAGGAUGGGUCGCGAGAAAAGACGCACCUUUAGAGUACUUAGGUAUUGGCUGGAUCUGACGAAACUAUAGCACCUGAAUAGUAGCUGUCGGCCAUAUAGUACACGUUUAGGCCAAAGUAGCUGAUCACAUAAUUAUACUUGUCAGACAAAAAAUGGGCGGCAAGCUUCCAAAAGCGGCGCUGGUGCCAGUGCCACUGCAGUGGACGCUCUUUAAAUGCCAAGUAGAAAGUUUCUUUCAGGACUCUGGUGAAAUUGGAGGCAGCAUAGAGGAAAACAAGUUUUCUAUGUCCGCCGAGACUUUCUUCAAGAGUAUACGGGGCCCCACUCCUGAAAACAAGAAAGCCCCAGGAGUGAUGUUGACUCGGUUUUUGAAACAUGUCUUCGAUGACUGCCGCGCUCCCCGGCGCCGCGGAUUGUUGGGGUCCAAAGGGCGAACGGGUACUAGAAUUGCGAUGCGGUGUUGUACUAUUUGGGCCGAGUAGUGUUGAAUGUCGAUACGUGGGUGAAUUCUGAGUCUGUCAAAAGUGUGUUUCCUCUUUUUUCAUGUACUAGUGUUGAUGUGGUCUCUCGCCUAUAUUAUCUUUCUCAGGUUGCGACGAGCAGGAAAAACAGGAGUGGAGGUAUGAUGAGCACAUUCUUUCCGAAAGCGAUAAAAAGGUUCGGUAUUAUACUGCUCUUACAAAGCCAGGGAAGCGAUAUAGUCGAUAUAGCAAAACCGUGGCAAGUAGCUUAAGUGAGAACGAUCAAAGUCAAACAGGUGGACACGACAGCAAGGAGAUCAUCGUCGACCAGUUAGAGACGAACUAUAGCGAUGGACCUGAAGUAAGCGUGAUUUGCGUUUCGUACGUCCAAACAACGGUCGAUGGGCAGCGCCAUUCGAUCGAUGAGGUAAUCUUUGAGCACCAAUAUGACCAUAAUCUGUCCGGCGGAGUAGAAUUCCCGCAGUUUUGGCGAUGGAGAUCGCCACUCAGCGGAAAAGUUAUGGCAUUUGAGGGAAGCUUUUCGUUUUCAUCUAUAAUGCUUCUUUUUCCACUUUACCACGUUCAAACCUGCGCUUUCUAGUCUCCACACUUCGCUUUGAAACGGACAGCUGCGCGGGUACUCUCAUCAUUAGCAUAGCGGCUUCUAUGAGGCUUCAGCAUUCACAUCCACUGUCCGCCUAGUAGGCUGGUCUGGUGGAGUGCUGCUGGUCUUCGCGCAAAGUGCUUGUGCUCUCUAAGUACGGAGUCAGGCAGAUGACAGAGGACUUGCGAGAGCAGUACCAAAAAUUCGAAUCCGGAGCGGUCCCGGAGCAAUUCAAAAUUUAUAGUCAUGCUGCAGCUGCUGCUGCUAGUCCUGACCAAAGCGGAGGGGAUUUGGAUUGCGAAGCUGCUACUGUUAAGGUCAGCUUUUAUCCAUCUUUCUCCGCAUCUUGGUACCCUUUUCCCUUGUAUUCUCUUUCUCAUGAAAUUCGAGGCACAAGGAGUCAAGAUGAGGGGGCCGCGAUGGAAUCUAGCAGACGCGAAUCUAGCAAAAGCUUCUGAUCUCUCCGGGGAUGGUGGUUCCGCUGCUACUGGAGGUCGGAGCGCCUUCACAGAUCUUCAUCCAGUAGAACUGGCUGCAUCCGAGUGGGUUUGGCAUGGUGUUGCAGCCACUGGCCUCAUCUUCAUACUAGUGCUUAUUUUCUUCUUCUUCUAUCGGUACGCAGCGGCUGCUGCUGCUGCUCCACCUCCUCGCGCAGGUAGCGCCUUUGCUGGUAGUUCUCUCGAAAACAGUGCAGGAGAUCAUGAUGAGGAGCAUCACAACAAGAACUACGGCUCGACAAGCUCGAAGGCCAACCCUUUCAUGUUCUACUCCGAACUUGCGGAUGAUGGUCAGCAUUCUAGCAGCGACGCUGAACAUGAGUCCUCGCCCACUGCAGCAACAAGCAACGGGACCACCGAUGACCAAGAACAAGGCGCAACGCGAUUAUCUGCAGUGAGGAAGCGCGCAGGUCACGCUAAGAACCUCAAGAAGGUCGCAGGCGAAAGCAGCAAGGACGAGCUUCGUGUUGAUGAUGACCAACCAGAUUUCGCGUUUGGGGAAAAUUAUGCUUCUGCUUCAGUAGUAGGCGCAGAGAUUCGAGAAUGCCAGUCAGCAGCCAGGCAGCGAGUACUGCCGAGUCGAGAGCCGGGGGAGGCUGGUAGCAAGACGCUUUGAAACCUCCAUGGGGUGAGAAGGUGGAAUGUUUCUUCUACCUCUUGACUUCUGUGACUGUGGGCGACAGCAGAUGUAAGUCUAUGCGAGAUCGCUGCUCCUGAUGUCUGGAGGACCCCGCAAUGAUCUUGACGAUGCAGACAUACGCUUUUUCCACCAAGAGCCCCAUUGAUGUUGUACAGUGAUCCAGAGUUUCACACACUUGAGACAACUGAAGAUAUUAUUUGUAUCGUGUAUCGAUUAACGCUUCGGCUUGCUUGUUUCUCCGGCAUUAGAAUGCACGGAUCAUGCCAACCAGGAGAAUUCUUGUUGCAGCGAGCAGUGAGUAAGUAGCAUUUUUAUACAAAGCACGACAGACAUUCUCCACCAGAAUAUAGUGGGGGCACAUGUAGACGGAUACUGGACAGCGCUUUUUUUAUGGAUAGCAAAAAAAGACCUGACAAGAAGACUAGCAGCUCGAGCAUUUGUUUCCUGACCAGUUUCAUCUUCCUGCUGUAUCGUCAAAAAAGUCUUUGCACAGCGACCAACUUAGGACAAGCGCCACGACCUGCAAAGGAAAACAUGAAAGCGCCCAGCGUGGCCCUGUAUAGGAAUACGGAUCGUGCCCCCUCAUUCUAACGCCCACAGCUUUUCUUGUAGCCUGCCACUUCUGAGGCGCCGCGACGUAUUUUUUUAGAAAAAAACCACCGAGACCCAGUUCGGUCAUCAAGAUCAAGCUGCUGCGUUUUGGUCUGGCGAAUUUUUUUAGAAACAAACCACCGAGACCCAGUUGGGUCACCAAGAUCCAGCUGUUGCGUUUCGCCUAGAUUUUUUAACUUCUCUCAAUUAUGAUGGUCGAAGAGGCACCGGGAUGAUUUUUUUUAGAAGCAAGCCAGUGGUUACCACCGAGACCCAGUUCGGUCAGCAAGAUCAAGCUGCUGCGUUUCGCCAGGACUUUUUAACUUAGCUCAAUCCUGAUGGCCGAUCUACUUCCUUCAGUUGUAGUGUAAUCGCGAAAGUGUAGCCCUCUCAUCAUAAUCCUUAGAGAUAUAAGCCUAAUCCAGGCCACGAAGUAUACCAUAAUUGAGGAGGCUCUUUUCUGAGCGUAGCAUCUGAAACGCCCGCUGUGGCGCGCUUCGUCACCGCCGUGACACAGCGGCGAACCGAGCAGGGAGCGCCGCGUGGGACUUGUGGAGGGCUGGAAAGGUUCUGAGGGGACGAGGAGGCCCUAAGAGUUAGGCAGAGAAGAAACGUAGGGAAAAAGGAAGAGGUCUCCGCGCAUGCUUAUGCCCUCUGCGCUUUCGGUAGCUUGCGCCCGCGGCCGCAGCGUAAUAUCGCUUGCGCAUCUCUAGCUGGGCCGACGGGAACAUCGGGAGGCUGGCGGGGUGCGAGGGUGGGUGGACCCGCGGGGGCUCGAGGGUUAUCGGGCGGUCCAAUGCUGCCCGUCCUCUCGCCUUGUCGUGAGCAGGUAAGUCUGGAAUGGAACCAGCGGCGCGCAAUAUGCGUUCGUGGAGAGCAGCGCGCGGGGAGGGAGGCGCUCUGCGGCGGAAGCGAUAGCGAUAGAGUAGAUAAAAAGUAGCGUGUAGUAACACGCAUUCUUCCCAUUAAACCCACUACAGUCGCCGCACCUUCAGGAAGGUCCCUUGAGCCCUUACAUCAACGUCCUUAGCGACAGAUGGUAAGGGCGCUCGCCAGCGCGUUAUGCGUGAGGCGGUAGGGUCGCGCGCGAACAUAAUCAUGAUAAUAGCGCUUUCUUUUCUUACUCUCUGCUAUGGAAAUUAUAGAUACUAUGAACCUAGAACAUCAUCAAGAUUUCUACGACGUCGUCAACCCCUUCGCAUUCAUGUGCUUCUAUUUCUAAACAAACCAAAAACAAAAUUUGAACAGCCUGUGCUGUUCUGUGG